AAAUAUAAUAAUAAUAUAAAUUUGUGUUUAUAAUGUUAAUGAAAACGUUUAAGAUUUUGGAAAUAUGGAAUACUAUUAAUUUAUUAAUAAAACAUGCUUUUGAUCAUGAUUAUGAACUUUAUAAAACUUAUGAUUGGUCCGUUUUACUAUAUGAUUUUUGGCGAUCAACGUAACGCUUGUUUAAUCGAUGAAACUUAACUUUAUAUUUCAAAGGUUAAUACCUUCUUGAAUGGUUUUCAAUCUUUCAAAUAAUUUAAGAAACAGAAAUUGAUAAUUAUGGUGAAAUUAACAUCAAAAUUUAUCGAAAAAAAGUAUGCUCAAGUUCGAUCAAAAUCUCUUAAUAAGUCAAAUAAAAAGCAAGAAUUAUGGAAAUUAACGCACUUGUACAUGAAUGGAAUGUUUAUCAAUGAAAUUGGUAAUUUUGCGGUAUGUAAAAAUUUAAAAGUGAUAUAUCUUCAAGAUAAUAAUAUAUCACGUAUAGAAAAUUUACACUUUGCGACAAAUUUAACACAUUUAUAUAUGCAACAUAACAAAAUAAAGAAGUUAGAAAAUUUAGAUUGUCUACAGAAUUUGCGCAAAUUUUAUGUAGGAUAUAAUUGCAUUAGUGUAAUUGAGGGAUUAGAAAAUGCCGAAAAUUUAAUAGAGCUACAUGUAGAAAAUCAAUUCUUAACUAUAGGUGAAACAUUAUGCUUUGAGCCGCGCAGUGUUAUAACAUUAUCUAAAUGUUUAAAAAAGCUUAACAUAUCAAAUAAUAAAAUGACGACUUUAAAUGAUAUAGAAAAUUUUAAUGAAUUGGAAAUUUUGGAAGCAAAAAAUAAUUUACUUGAAGAUAUUGAAGAUUUAACUCAAACAAUAAGUACAUUAAUUUCACUCAGAGAAUUAUAUAUGAAUGGUAAUCCAGUUGUUCAAAAACACAGAUAUAAAGAAAGUCUCAUUGCUAACAGUAACACAUUGGGUUGGUUCAUUGCAUGGUUUUUAUAUUUGUUAGUAAAUAUAGUAGUUAAUAUAACUUUUUGUUUUUUAUAUAUAGUAAAUUUAGAUGGAAAAAAUAUUUCUGAUAUUUGUCGCAAAUUUUUACAAACUUUUAAAGAGAAACGUUUUAAACAAUCUAUUAAAAAGAUAACAGUACCACUAACAGAUGACAUUGCAAAUUCUCUGAACUUGCCUCCUGCAUUUAAGAAAUCUGUAUCUAGAGCAAUAUUUCAACAUCCUGGACCUAAACUAUCUAUAGCAGUUAUAUCUGCUAUGGGUGAAUUACAGCCUCAGAGUUUUCCAUCGUGGAAAACGGCUGCUGGUAUAAACAGUCUAAAAGAUAAUCAUAUAACACCAAGACCAUUUUGGAGGGAUACAACUAACAAAAAAGAAACGUAGAGUAAAUUCACUGAACGAAAAUCAAUCAUAUUACCAUCAAUCUGAUAAAUAUUGGCAAAAAUAAUUAUUAAUGUCAAAUAUAUUUUGUUACCUAUUAUCUAUAUAUUGGAAUUUUUUAACAACUUUACAUUCGUAUAAAAAUAAAAAUGAUAGAUUGUAUAAAAAACUAAUAAUUUCUUAUCAAUUACACAAUAAUACUUUUAUACAUUUUAGCACUAGCACUACAUUUGAUCUAUCAGUACUCAUUUAUAUAACUUGAUAUUUUCACUUAAACCUACUUGUGAACAAUACCGUAUGAAUAAAAGUGUAGUAUGGAUAAGGUGUAAAAAAAUAAGAAAUAGAUAACUACAAGUAUGUAGAUAUUGGUUCAUUUCAAGAAAGAUAUAACACUUUUAUAUGUAUUCAAUCUGUAGUAAUAUAAAUACACUUGAAAUAAAUGAACAAUAAAAAUA